AUGCAAAAGUUUGUGCAAGAUAGGUGGAAACAUGUGGGUGCUGUGGAAGUUUUUGGGCUGGAGAAUGGGAUGUUUGUGUUUGAUUUUGAGGGGUGUGAUCUGAGUAGGAAGAUCCUGGAUGAGGGACCUUGGACACUGGGUUCGCGACCACUAAUCCUUCGUCCAUGGAGUCCUGAUGUCUCACUGUCAAGGAAGGUGGAAACCGAGUUGCCUCUUUGGGUGAGGUUUUAUGGACUCAAUUUGCAUUAUUGGGGAGAUCGAACUCUUGGUCGCAUUGCAAGUGUUCUGGGCAGGCCUAUUUGUGCAGACAAACGAACAGUGCGUCGUGAGCGAUUAUCAUUUGCGCGUGUUUGUGUCUCCAUCCAAGCCUCGGAUGGGCUGCCUACAACAAUUUAUAUUGCUCAGGACGAUGGAACCUUGGUGGAACAAGCGGUGCAGUAUGACUGGAUCCCUCCGUUAUGCAGUACUUGCAAGGUGUAUGGGCAUGUUGAUGCUUCGUGUCCUAUUUCGGCUGUCGCGAAGGAGCAAGCAGGGGGUGUUGAAGUUCAUGACUCAUCAAUAGUUGAUGAUGGUUGGGUGCGCCAAAAUAGUCAUCGCCGGAGAGGUAAGCGACAGGUGCAGAUCCCACCUUCAGCGGUUGUUGGUUCUGCGUCGCCGGUGACUGGUGCGGGAGUGGGAGAUCUUACGGUUAGGAAGCCAAUGGAGGUUAUAACUCCACGUGGCGUUGCAGGAGACUCUACACGUAAGGUUGGUUCGGUUGUGGGGAGUGCGCAUGCAUCCUCUGCUGCGGCUGCGGCUGCGGCUGCAGCUAAGGGGUCUUCAGCGUCUUCUUCAUCAAGUUGUGCUGCAGCAAGUCUCUAUGCGGAUCGUGGUAUGAAAGGAGAGGGUUCCAUGCAGGUCUCUCCCACGGUGGGAACUGCUAGUCGAGCGAAUACAUCUCGUGUUACUGAAGGAAAGGUUUCUGGUGUCUCUACUGGUGCUGGUGGCCGAUCUGUCGCUGAUGCUAAGCUGGGUUCAGGGUCUUCUUCAUAUUCUGUUAUACCUGGUGCUCCUCCUUCUUUGAAGAAGGACAUUUUGACUGGCGAUAAUCGGUUUGCUGCAUUGAAUUCACUGGAUUCUCAUGUGCAAAACGAUGGGGUUAUUGCUUAUGAAGAACCUAUCAGUGAACUUGAGCGAAGUCCUGGCAGGAGCGGCCCAUUGCGAUGCUCUUCCUCCCCAGUUUCCAAAUGA